AUGACAGACGAUCAGGGGACGACCGAAUCAGAGGAAAAUCGUGUGGUCAGUCACAGUCCGCUUUUGUGGAGUGGCCCAACUUGCGCGUCCGAGCGGAUCUCGACGUGGACAUUCGUUCCGAGUCCGGUGCAACAAACGAAAACUCAAUCGACCGUGUUCCUACUUGGCUUACUCAUCCAACCGUCAACCUAUAUACACACCAAUGGCCGGUUCAAGUACUCUAUUCAAAUUGAACCGCAAAAGUUGUUCGGCUUGAUUCGAGUGAAAAAUGUGGCGUUCGAGAAAGCUGUCAUAGUACGUUGUUCCUCGGAUAAAUGGUCCACAUUUGUCGACUACCCAGCCCAUUAUUUACCACCAGUUGAAGAAACAAACGAGCUACGAGACUACGAAACAUUCGCUUUCCAGAUUUCCUUACCAGAUAAGGGUAGUAGAUUUGAGUUUGCCAUCCAGUAUAUCUGGACCGCGGAAAAUAACCAAACUGACUCCGCAUGGGAUAACAACAACGGACGUAAUUAUGUUCUUCAUAAUGAACAAACUGAGACUUCAGUGAAUCAAAAAUUACUUGGCAAGUUUAAAUUUUGA